AUGCCGACCGAGCCAGUCAGGUGCUCGGCUCUGAGUUUCCCUCGGCUCACGGAGACACUCUCCAUUUUGGGAUACCUGCUCCGCUCGUUGCGUCUGUUGGGAUUGGCUCUGGCGCACGACCCAGACUGCGCCACGGGAAGCCAGAAGUAUGAAAUUUGCAGACGCCAGAACGGUGGAGGAGUGAGAAAGGAAGAGCGACAAACUUGGUACGAGUUUGCUCAGCUGGCCAGUACCGAGUCCCCGACAUUGAGGAUUUCUAAGCUCAGUGACUGUGCUAUGCUUGUAUAA